AUGGCGUUCUCGCUCAUCGAGACCAAGCGCGUUGCCGGCGGCCUGGUCUCGGCCGCAUGGUGCCCUACCAUGGACGUCCUCGCGGUGGCGUCAGAGGACGGCGAGCUCUGGCUCCACAGGCUCUCGUGGCUGAGAUUGCUGAGCAUGGCGCACUCGGCGCCGGUCACUGUCCUCGGGUGGGCGCCGAGUGGGACGCAGCUGGCGGUGGCCGGCUCGGACGGUUCGCUCUUGGUGCUCGACAUUGAGCGCGGGCCUGCGCCUCUGGUGGCGCUCGCUGCGCCGGGCGCACCCGCCGUCGCUGUCGUCGAGUGGCGGGCGUGGCCGGGAACAAGCGCGGCGCCGCUGGUGGCGCGCUCGCGGCUCGACAAGCUCCUCCCGCGGCCGCUUGCGCUCUCGGAGGAGCUGGAGAUGCUACUUGGGGCCGGUGCGAGCGACUACGUGCCUCCGCUCGGCUUCCCCACGCCGCUUGCGCCGCCGAUCCCCGAGACGCGCCCGCUCGACGUGCUCGUUACGGGCGGGACAGACGGUUCGCUCGUGCUCCAGGCCCACGCGGCGCUCGUCCUUGCUCGGCUCGAGUUUUCGGGCAGCGUCGUUGCAGCGAGCCUAGGCGAGACACCGUCGGCCGGUGUGGUGGUUACGCUGUCGGACGACGGCAGCUUUGGACUCACCAGCUUUUCUCUGGUGGCGCUCACGAGCGUGUCGCUCCCGCUCAUCUCGCAGGUGGCCAAGACGCAGUUUGCGCUCCGGGCGAUGCUCGCAGCGCUCCACAAGUCGCUCAGCCUCGCACAAGCAGCGUGGGCCGAGGGCAUCUCGGCUUACGCUGGCAAGAUGAACGAGUUUGAGGAGUUGCUCAAGGCAUACGCGUCCAAGUCGACGAUCGAGGACGAGUUUCUCGGCAUGCUCGCCACCGGCAUGGCCUCGCCAGCCAUGCUGCAGUUUGUGACGCGGACGCUUGGCGAUUCGACAAUUGCCAAGCUUUCCAAGACACUGGUGACCGCGUGCUCACGGGUGGCUACGGUCACGCUCCACUCACUCCUGCCGGGCAUCCAGCGGCUGCUGCUGCUUCUCGCGGAGCUCUCCGGCGCACUCGAAGCAUCGGGCGGCCUGCCGGGCCUUGAUGGUGGGCACCUCACGGCCAUGACUCACGCGGCCGGCACGUUUAAGCUCAAGCUGGAGGAGCUGCUGCUGGCGGUGGAGGACAUGGGCGCCAACUUUCACGCUUUCCUCCACUGGCUCUCGAUCGUGUGCUGCAAGCUCUCGGACCAGCCGCUCUCACCAGAGCUUGCGGCGCACCCGCCGGACAUCCAGCUCGUGGCCUCGUUCCUCGCGCGCGACAUGAUGCACCACCGGGUGUCUCUCCUCCUCGGCGAAGCGGCCAUGCCUGUUCCCGAGUUUCCAGCGACGACGCUGACCGAGACGCAGCUGCCGUUUGUCCGGCUCUGUCCAGCCAAUGCCUCGCUCCCGCUUGGCCUCGCGCUGGAGGAGCUCAUGGCGUUUGACCUGGCUGCCGGCCUCGCGCCGGCGGUAGCCGACUCGGCUCGGCUCACGCCGCCCGUCGUCCUCGCCGCUGACGGCGAGGAGUCGUACAGCUUUGUCUCGACCUUUAAUCACGAGUCAGGGCGGCAUCUUCUCGUUGCCUGGGCACCGACCACAUCGCCCGACCUUGUCGCCCUCAGCUUUGCACCAGGACUUGGCUCGGCCGGCUACACCGUGGUCUCGCUGCCCGGCGUGCCGGUUGCUGUCGAGGUGUACAACUCGUCGUCGCUCGGUGUGCUCAUACAGAUCGACGAUGAUGAUGGCCGCGAGCUUGCGCUCAUCGACUUUGACGAGUGCGAGUGGUCGCCGCUCGCACUCGGGGCUGACCGACGCGACGACGACGACGACGAGCUGGUGGUCGACGCCGGUGUGCCGCUCAUUCCCUACCUGGCUGCUCUCGCAGCCGGCAGCGAGCUGGCGGAGGAGACCCGGCGGCGGAGGUUAGCUGAUGCGACAGGAUACCUCCUGGCGGUCUCGGGUCGCCCUCCUUGA